AAACCUCCCCCGGUGUUGCCAAUGGAAAUAUGGGAUCGGAUCCUCGGCGACCUUGGAACCUUGGCAUUGAAAACCUUUCAACUAAUCUGCCGCGACUGGGCAAGGCUUGGUGCUGAAAGAUUGUACUCUACACUCUAUCUCAACGAUUUCUCCAAAUCCUGGUCAGGCUUGAUCGCCAUAUCUGAAAGCUGCUAUGCAAGCCUGGUCGAAAAGGUUGUCUGGAAUCCAGUCGUGCUUCUUGACGAAUGUGUCGAUGGGGAAGCAUGUGCGGAUCGGUAUCAACCACUACUGAAAGGUCUUAGCCAUUCGGAAGUUCUCCAAAUUCACCAGCAGUAUCUGCAGAUAUAUCGCAAUAUGGCAGACUUCUUUGCUCCGUUAUCGAUCGAAGCCAUUUCAAAUGCGCUUUGCAAACUCACAAACUGCAACGAACUCGAAAUUUCCGAGGACUAUGACUUGGAUAAGUGGUGGUCGGAUUCUCACUUUAUAAGCCGGCUUCAGAACGAUAGUUGCAUUUUGCAUCAGCCGAGCAUCUGGUGUCGUCCUCAGCAGUAUUGGUUGUUCGGAAGUGCUUUUCAUUACAGUAUAUCCAACAGUCUCCGCGAUCUGAUUGAUGCUUCUGUCGAAUGCUCCACGAUCACGCAUCUGAUAGUAGAUCUUGAAGAUGGAAAUGUGGACCAUGUUGUCGGCUACUAUAGACAUGCUGCUUUGAGGCAUAUAGAACAUUUGACAUUGAGGCUGAGCCAUUUCCCGAUUUUCGACGACGAAGAUACUCGGCACGAUCUCGCAAUGGCCCUAGGAAAUCUGUUUAGGUGGACUUGGAAAUUCCCUGGGCUCUCCGAACUCAGUAUCGAAGUAAUUUUCAAAAGUCCCCGCGUUGACAUGGCUCGCGACCUUGCCUAUCUCGAAUAUGACUCCGAUGGCUCCGAUGAUGUGGAUGACGUGGAUGACUUGGAUAGCUCCGAUAGAUCCCAUGGCUCUCUUGAAGCUACACAACUUGCUCUCACAUCGUCGACUGAUCGUGGUCAUUUCCACGCAUUGACCAGGAACCCUUACAACACUCUUAAUGCAGAGUUCAUACUCGAGCCUCAGAUACUUCGAGGGUUGAGAACGCUACGAUUAGGCAACAUCAUUCUGGAUAUGAGGCACUUGAUUGGCAUGCUCUGCAUGCAGCCACAGCUUCCAGAUUCGCAGAUAUCUAUCCACCUUAUCGGCACAACAAUAUUGUAUGGACUGACACCGCCUCUUUUUCUCGCCCUGCUA